UGAUUCUGAUUUCCAGCUGUUGAGAACCUGUAAACCUACGUUUUUGAUACUAGCCUGGGUUCUACAAGAAUCGUGACCUUAAAAAAAAUCAAGACAGAUGUAGACUUUUUCAUGACAUAAGGCAGCAAAUACAACCUAAAAUCUAGAGGGUUUUCCUUGCCAGUGGAUUGUGUAGAAUACACUGCCUGUCUCUUGUCUUCUGUUCACCAUGGCUUCUUCUGAUAUCCAGGUGAAAGAACUGGAGAAGCGUGCCUCAGGCCAGGCUUUUGAGCUGAUUCUCAGCCCUCGAUCAAAAGAAUCCGUCCCAGAAUUCCCCCUUUCUCCUCCAAAGAAGAAGGAUCUUUCUCUGGAGGAAAUUCAGAAGAAAUUAGAAGCUGCAGAAGAAAGGCGCAAGUCCCAUGAAGCUGAGGUCCUGAAACAGCUUGCUGAGAAACGAGAGCACGAGAAAGAAGUGCUUCAGAAAGCGAUCGAAGAGAACAACAACUUCAGCAAAAUGGCAGAGGAGAAAUUGACCCACAAAAUGGAAGCCAAUAAAGAGAAUCGGGAGGCACAAAUGGCUGCCAAACUGGAGCGUUUGCGAGAGAAGGACAAGCACAUUGAAGAAGUACGGAAGAACAAAGAAUCCAAAGAUCCUGCUGACGAGACUGAAGCUGACUAAUUUGUUUUGAGAACUGACUUUCUCCCCCUCCCCUUCCUAAAUAUCCAAAGACUGUACUGGCCAGUGUCAUUUUAUUUUUGCCCUCCUGACAAAUGUUCUAGAAGCUGAUGUAGGACUAUAGGUAGAUCCAGAUUGUAUGAUGUUGUUUUAGGGGCUAAAGGGGAGAAACUAAAAGUGUUUUACUCUUUUUCUAAAGUGUUGAAGUCUUUCUAAUGUAGCUAUUUUUUCUUGUUGCAUCUUUUCUACUUCAGUACACUUGGUGUACUGGGUCAAUGGCUAGUACUGUAUUGGCUCUGUGGAAACAUGGUUGUGAAAAGAGUAUGUAGUGGCUUCUUUCAAACUUAGAUGCUGAAUUAUCUGUUCACUUUUAAAUUCCAGUUCUGUCCCAAUCUUACCAGAUGCUACUGUACUUGAAUGGUUAAUAAAACUGCACAGUGCUGUUGGUGCCAGUAGCUUCUUUCUAUCCAGGGAGUACAUUGUCCAGUGACAGAGGCCCUCCUGGCUGAUGCUCCAGGUGGGGCCUUUGGACUGGCGGGAAUACCCAGCAUGCGUAGCACUGCAAGUUCUCUGCCCUCGAGUUGUUUGUAUUGUCUUCUUCCACAAUCAUCACUUUGUUGUCAUGCCUUGGCCCAGAUAGCUGUUAUGAUAGUCUGUCAGAUGUUUAUUUGCAAACAAGCAUUUUUUUGUUCCUGUGGCCCUGUUAAAAAGACAGAUUCAAAGCACAAAUGGUGUUUCUAGAGACCAGUUUAGAGGAAAUCUGAAGAUCGUAGUUAAAAAUAUUUGACAAUUCCAUGUUAUAGCUGGGGAUGGGGCAUGUCCUAAUACUUUCCUGCCGUAGAAGCUACGACUCAAGAAUGGGAAUAUUAAAAUAAUAAAAGUUGCUAUGCCCCUGUAGCA